AUCACAUCAGUUGCCAUUCAAUUGUAAUAAUAAUAAUAAACUAAUUGAUUGAUUGAUUGAUUGAUUGAUUGAUUGAUUGAUUGAUUGAUUGAUUGAUUGAUUAAUGAGUUGACUGUUUCGGUAAUCAAACGACCGAUUGUUUGCCGACCAAACUAACCGAUCGACCGACUGACUGACCGCACGACAUGACCGCUCAGCUCAAGACGUUUUCCGUUGUAUCCGAUCUGAAAGGAUUGCGUCAAAUACUGGUUCCCGACUACCAGACCAUUCAGGAGAGAAACCGAGAUGACGAUUACGACAACCGCUGGGACUGGGAGACCACCGAUGUGUUGGCCGAGUCGUCGUCGUCCGCAACUACAGAUGGAUCGGCCGAUUGGAUGCAACGUCUGAUGUCGUCGUCGGUAACUAUAAGUCCGUACUCGGAUCUGAUGGCAUUUGCCAAAAGCAGUUAUCUGGCCGUUUACCGACUCAAGUCGCCACCACAACCACAAACGCUACAACCAAUGGCCACAACCGACGCCGCCACAACCAGUGAUAAUCAAUCGGCGCCCGAAUUACAUCUCUAUUUUGAGACACAGCUUACCGACGGACAAAAUUUUUCCGAAACCAUCACUAGUCUACUAUUGGUACCCAUAGUAUCGCAACAGAAAUCAUCGGUUGCUCUCUACGACUGGACAGCCAUUGUCAUUGGAUUUUCGUCCGGCUAUUUUCGGGUCUAUACCGAAAACGGUAAACUAUUGUUGAGUCAGUGUUUCCACGACGAACCUGUUAUGGACAUCAAAUGUCAGACAUUUCGGCCAAACAGUCCAUCAGAUAGCGACCAAUUGCUUGUCGUCUACAAGACAUCGGUGGUCAUCAUUGAUGGCUUCAGUCUCUAUCAGACAUUGCGUUUGUGUCGGACCCGAUUGGCAAAGAAUCAGUCUCUUGUAGUAGCCGUCGACGGCUGGAACAGUGAUCCAACAUUGACUUUCAACUACAAAAAGUGGCGAUUAGACGACGGCAAAGUGAUCAACGAUUGUCAAUCGUGCGGAUCCAAUACGCACACCUAUUUAGAUAAUUUGAUGACCAUAUCGCUGAACAAGGGUCCAAAUGCUCAGCCAACUCCAGUUCCCACAUCCGAUCUACUGAUAACUUGUGGCCAAAAUCCGUUUGUCGGGUUUUAUACGCCAAUUGAGCCGACUACUCCUAUACUCAACGAAUUAACCAACGCUAUGGUUAGUAAAGUAAAAAAUAUGAUACCAUUUGGCGGAUUGUUUGGCGGCGGCGGCAGCGGAAACAAAUCGCUAGAAGAUAGUCCUAAAAAUUUACCACCGAUUCCCAUACCACUCAAACUGGGAAUGUUCGAUAAAAAGAUUGGCCUAUCAGUCAGUGUGUCGCCAAACAAACAGUUGGCCGCCGUUGUCGACGAUUUCGGUAGAGUAACGCUUAUCGACAUUGCCGACCGGCUGGCCGUACGAAUGUGGAAAGGCUAUCGCGACGCACAGGUCGGCUGGAUUGAGGUUCAAGAGGAAGGAGUGAUGGCCGACAACAACAACAAGACUGCCGCCGCCGAUUCAUUGCCCAAACGGGUAACAUUUAUUGUGAUAUACGCACCUAAACGCGGUAUACUAGAGGUCUGGUGUACACAAUUGGGUCCGCGUGUCGGUGCCUUCAAUGUCGGCAAAUCGUGUCGACUAAUUCAAUGUCAGCACUCGAUAAUGGGCUUAAAUGCACUCAUAGUCGAUCAGUUCAACAAAAGUCGCAAACAACAAGAUUUGGACGACAAAUGCCGGUGCUAUCUGUUCGACUAUAAUACCGGCAUUGUCUAUCACAUUGAUAUACCAUUCCUCUGUGCCCUAACUGAUCCCAAUAGCAAACGUACUCGUGAUUUGCAUUUGUUUCGCGAAUUACAGCAACUAUUAAAAUCUGAGACAACAACCAGUAGUAGUAGUAGUAGUAGUAGUAGUGUUGUCGACAAAGUGUCCGAAUUGGUCGGUAUGUUGAAGACAGCAGAAAUGCGCCGAAACGCUAUCAUCCAAGAGAUUUGUCAACUGAAACAGUUGAAUGUGAUUAAGUUGGUUACCACCAGAUUAAGGGAUCAAUUGAUGGCUAGUUUGGAAAAGAAUGAACUGGAUUUUGAAAAUAAAUUGGUUAUCCAAAUGUGUGCACGAGUACUGCAAUUGUGUCGAUUAUAUGAAUUAAGUACCGAUAGUAUCGGUAGUAGUAGUAGUAGUGAUGAUGGUCAUCAUCAACACAUGCCAACAGGUUUAGAAACAAAUUAUAUUACCGAUAGCUGUCAGCCGCCCGAUAUCCAGUUGCUUAUCGAAACACUUGGCUGGAAAGGUAGUGAUAUUGCAAGAAUUUUAUCAUACAUUGCCUUUAAGGAUGGCCUCACUGGUGGUGGUGGCGGCGGCUUUUUUGACCACCAAAACAAUGUAGACAAUAGUCAAUCACUUCCUAAAGCAACUACCGGUACCACCAAUACUCCUACUACUACUACUACUACUAUCACCAUUGCUGAUCUGUUAUCGCAUUUUGUUUUAUACUCCAAUCAUUUGGUGACCACUACUACUACUACUAAUACUUCUAACACCAGUGAUGGUAAUCAAGAACUAGUACUCUACAGUGAUAUUCCUGUUGAACUAAAUGUCGAUCUAACUAUUGGUGGUAUAGACACCAAUAGUAUUAGUAUCGGUAGUAGUAAUCAAUUGUUACCAUUAAGUCAUUUUUUGUUUCAAACUUAUCAACAAACAGAUGGUUGUCUUCAAUUACAAUCGUUGCUUAAAUCCAGUUGUAUUUUACCAACAAAUUUAUUACAUUUAUUUUUUAUUUGUUGGCUAUCAUCCAAUACUUGUUACUAUUGGAAGUGUUGGCAAUAUUUUCAUCAAUCGUUAACAGUAUUGAUGGAUAUUAUCAAACAACAGGACGCAAACAUCACUGUCGAACGUAUCGACGAUGAAGUAGAAGAAGAAGACCGAUUGUCCAACGAUUGGCGGGAUAUACUGGUAAUUAUUAGCGAAUCGCCGAACAUUAUGGCCGCCUUGACUGCCGUACAAGUGAUUCGGUCAAUCAAUUCGAAAGAUAGGAGUGACGCCAACGCCGCUAAACAACCACAACAACAACAACUAGCGGUUGUUGGCGAUUAUGGAUCCGAUGAUUCCGAAUGGGAAACACUACACAUUGACAACGAAAGUCUUAAUCUAAUGAUUAAACAAUUAGAAGAUGUCUUCCUAUUGGAUAUGCUGUUGCAUUCAAAUCGUAUGAAAAUAGCAGCAACUAAUGAUGAUGAUGAUGAUGAUGAUGACAAUGAUGGUGAUUUAGGGGAUAACGAUCACAAGUAUACUGUUCCCAAUAUAUCGUUAGCCUUCCUAUUGGGCAGUGGUCCGGGUAUUGUCAGCGAAUUAGUAGCUAAAUGGGCAAUCAAUUCGGAUUUAUCGCCCGAUAUAUUCAAUACACUGAUAGAGACAAACACUGCUCAAGUGGAACAAAUGGAUCAGACUAGCGAUAGUAGAGAUGAUGAUGAUGAAAAAGUAACGAUUACUUCAGAUAGGAUCGCCAUUGGUCAAGAAGCCAUCGAAAUCGAUAGUUUCGAUUUAAAGACAACUGUCCAACUCAUUGAUCACGUUCGCCGAUGUUUUCCCAAUUGUGUCGAAUCAGAUGUACUACUUGUCAACUGUAGUUGGGAACUAAUGGUUCGAUGGAAUCGUGACCCGACAACACAAUUGGUGAAUCAAUCGUUAGACAAUUGUCUCCGAUAUCUAUCAUAUGUUUCGAGUGCUGUACUCAAACACAAUGUUUCGUGUCUGAUAUGGAAGACAUUUGUUAUGAAACGUUUUGAAUGUUUGUGUCAACUGAUCGAAAAAAUGGGUCGAACACCGAAAGAUCGAAUCUGUCGUAAAGAGUUGGCUAUCACUGAGAAUCAAUUGGAAGCGUUUGUCGACUUUGCCAAUCAUUUACUCGAACUGAUACUCAAUACGAAUAUGUUGGCCGAAAUCGAACCGUUGCCACUGUUUUCUACCGACGACUGGUGGCGACCGCAGCAGUCAUCGAUACCAUUGAUAGCCAACACAUCGCUGCAACAACAACAGCAGUCAUCGCCAUCAUCUGCAUCGGUAAUGCCAUUAGUCGUACUGGCCGUCCACCAGAAGCUGGCUAACGGUGCACUAGUACUGGAACAUUCCCGAGUGGCCACUAUUGUCCAAUUGAUUGUCGCAUUUCAAUUGAAAAGUUCCCGACCAUUGUCACUAUUUCCGGUAGUUGUUCAGCAAUACUUGUUCAAAGAGUUUCAUACGUAUCCGGUUGUCGGCGGUACGGGUGGAACUACGGCAGCCGCCAGCGGCGGCGGCAAUGUAGCCGACACUGUACUCAACACAAAUCGUACAAAAUUUGCCUUAACUGCCAUCUCAGCCAUUGUCCAGACUAUACCCGUCUAUUCGGAAUCAGAGUCAGAUUCCGAUUAUAUUGUUAACCAAUCGAAACACUAUUCACUGGCAAACAAAUGGUUCGGUAAGAUAUUGACAAUAAGUCGUGAAUGGGAUCUAAAUAUCGACGAAAUUCGGCGUAAAUUUGUUUACGAUCUCUACUAUUAUGGUUGCGAUCAAUUGGCUGAAGAGGCGGUAACAUCAGUAGUGGAUGUAAUGAGUUUGGGACAACAAUUAGCAACAGUAGCCGGUAUUCGGGUAUUGGCCGCUAUUAACCAACGUUACGGUUCUGUGGAUCAGAUGCACACAUUGCCGACAAACAUAUUGUUUUGGUUGAAAAAUUUGCAGAGCACUGAUACCAAUUGCUAUACGGCAUCACCGGUACGGUUGACAAUAGCACUGUUACAACAUAUCAACAAUUAUGUUAACAGUGAUAAACAUUAUAGCCGUAUAAGCGAUACACUAUUGGAAACAAUUAAGAUAUUGGACCGCAAACAGUGAUAAUAAUUUAAAAUAAUUUAAAUAUA